AUGGAGAUACCCUACGAAGAGGAAUAUUUAGAAGAAGAUUUCCCAGAGAAUUUCAUGUGGGGUGCUGCUACAACAGCAUAUCAGAUUGAAGGUGGAUGGAAAGCUGAUGAACAAUCAGCGUUUUGGGCUUACGAAUCAGAAGAGUUACCUCCAGGUGGCGAACAAAAAAGAACCGGUGACAUGUAUUUGGCUGUACACAACAUGAUAAAAGCACACGCACGUGUUUAUCAUAUGUAUCAUACGGAAUUCAAACGUAAACAAAACGGUCGUGUAGGAAUAUCUUUGCGAAGAGAUUGGUAUAUUCCCAAAGAUUCGAGAAAUCCCGCUGAUAAUGAUGCCGUCCUAAGAAAUAUUGAGUUUGAUUAUGGUUGGGUUGGUGAUCCCAUAUUUAAAACUGGCGAUUAUCCGGUUGAGAUGAAAAACCGAAUAACCGGGUCGAGGUUGCCAACAUUUACACAAAGAGAAAAGGAGCUGAAUAAAGGCUCAGCUGACUUUCUUGGUGUAAGUCAUUACACAACAUAUCUGGUGAGCGAAAGUAAAUUUCCCCGAUCUAUCCCUCCAUCAUUUUAUGGUGACAAAGAUGUCACACUUAGCUUCAACAACGAUUGGCCAAGCCCAGGUUCAGAUUGGUUAAUGGUAUAUCCUCGUGGAAUACGAAUGAUGUUAAGAACGAUAACCAAAAGAUAUGGAAACAUCCAUAUAUUCAUAUCCGGCAAUGGUAUAUCGGAUAAAACAGCUGAGAAAAAUAACAUAGACAGGACAACGUAUAUCAAAGAGUACACAAACGAAAUCUUGAAAGCUAUUAAAUUGGACGGUUGUAGUACUGUUGUGGGUUACACGUAUUCGCCAUUGAUGGAUGGUUUUACAUGGGAAAAUGGAUACAAUGACACAAAUGGACUGUUUAGCAUAGAUUAUUCUUCCGGUAAUUUGUCCAGAAAAAGUACACCCGCUUCUAAAUCCUUCAAGUCUAUGAGAAUUGCUACUGUGCCUACUGCGCCUACUGCGUCUACUGCUCCAGAACCAGAACCGACAACUAUGACAAAAUCACCAACAGCUCCGAGCAGUUGUAACUGUUCAGAAAACGUAACAGUAAAAACUGUUACUGAUAAAGAUUGCCAAACCAUCAUUAAUUAUAUGAACAGUGGUUGUCAUCACUAUUCAUGUUCAAUAAUGUAUAUUUCGAGUAUUGCUUUAUUACUGAAAUAUUUUGUAUUUCCUUGAAAUAUUUUGUAUUUCCUUGAAAUAUUUUGUAUUUCCGUGAAAU